CAAAAACAAGCGAGACAGGGCCGGCAAAUUCACGCUCGGGUGGUGCAUCCGUUACGCAGUGCUGCAAUAGCGCAUCGAUUCGUGACGCUCGGAGCAGCAGUUGUCGCGCACCGACCUCUCAGGCCCGCCCGCCACCCCUGCGGCAAGCUGCAAGCAGCACCUCCAGCCAGCAAUACGCGAGCCGCACUCCGGCGCAACCAAGCAUAAAUGACCGACUCCUGGGAGGACGCCGUGCCGGCGGCGCCGCUCGCGGCCGUCUCCCUGAAGGACGACGCGCCCGCGCCGGCCGCCGCGAACAACGACGACGACGACUGGUUCGCGGAUCAAAGGAGGAACACGGACAAGGCCGAGAAGCGCGAGCGGAAGGCCGGCGCGCCGAAGAUCUUGAAGCGCGUCUCGAGCAAGGGCGAGCUGCCCACGAAACCGCAACGGAGAAGCCCGACGCAAACGGACGCCGAACGGGAGCAGGCCUACGCGGCGGCGCGCGCGCGCAUCUUCGCCGAGGAGGCCGCCGCGCCGGCGCCCGUGUCAAAAAAGAAGGGUGGCGCGGACUGGGCUUCUGCUGCUUUGUCGGCGGCCGCGAGGACGCCGUCCUCGGAAGAUCUUCGCGCGGCAGCACCGGCGCCGGCGCCCGGUCCUGAUCCCGAUGUGGCGCGCGGCCCGUCCGGGGCCGGCUUCGAUCCGAAGGCUCGGGAGCGGACGCGCGAGAACGCUCGGAGGGGUCCUCAACCGCGCCAGCAGCGACGGCCGUCUCACCGUAGGGUGACGGAGGACGACGGCGAUCCGGACUACCGACGGAACAACCAACCCACGAGUGUUGGCGACGGCUACGGGGUCUAUGACGGCCGGCCCGGCUACGCGUCGACAAGGGAGGAGUACUACGCGCGGCCGCCGCCGCAGUACGGCGCGCAGCCGCCGCCGCCGCAGUACGGCGCGCAGCCCGACGCCUACGCCUACCCGCCGCCUCAACAGAUCGCGCGGGGGCCGCCGCCCCAAAAUAUUGCGUUUGGCGGCUACGGCUUCCAGCCGCCGCCGCAAAUGCCCGAGGACUACGGCGCGCGGGCCUUCGGCGGCGGCGCGGGCUUCGCGCCGUACACGCCGGCGCCGCCACCCGUCGUACAGGAGCCGCAGUUCCGGCCGCCGCCGCCGCCGCCCCAGUUCCGCGCGGCGUCUUCAUCGACAGCGGCGCCGGCGCUGGCGCCGCCCGAGGCGGGGGGCAACCCGCACGGCCUCAUGACGCUCGGCGACUUCUCGGCGAGCGUCGCGGCGCCGGCGCCGGCGCCGCCCAAGAAUAGUGGAAGGGGGCGCGGGCGGCGGGCGCGCGGCCGCGGCCGCGGGCGAACAAAGGGCAAGCCGCGGUCCUACGAGAACGAGUUUCCCACGUUAUAAAAGUAUCUAU